CUUGUUUUCGACGGCGCCUCCACUCCACUACCCGCCGCCAUGGCCAACUUCCUUUCACAGAAGUCCCGCACUGGAUCCCAGCAGGGUGCCACCUUUGAUUCCAUCAAAGGUUCCGCACGUGGCUCGGAGAGGGUCUUAGCACGCUUUGCCUCCAGCUCACUGGUCCAACCUGAUGCGGAUGAUUUGCACAGCGGUCUCAAGUUUUCUCAUAGCAAGCUGGCGGGCAGUGGAGGUCUGCUGAAGGCUAUUCGAUUGAUGCCUCGGAUCUUGCUCUUCUCCUUUUGGCAGCAGUUCUACGCCUACUUCUCUGGGGAUCCAUUCAAUGCGUAUGUGAAUUCCAACAUUUCUUGCCCACGACCUAAGCCUCCUUGUCCAGUGGGCUCUCACUGGGUCGGCCCUGAGAGUUUGUCCAACAUCACAGCCCAUCUACCAGCCAGUUUUCACAUCAAAGAUGCAGCAAUUGGACCGGAAGGUAUUUGCAUGCCCAUGGAUCGGUUUUCUCCAGCCUGGAGCUUGUCAGCGAAAUGCAUGAACAAAGAUGUGGUACUGGGACAAACCACCCGAAUCAAUGGCCUCAACGGCUGGAUCGCGGCCUUCUUCGGGCUCUUUGCCGUCUUCGUGGCGGGGCAAAUCAUCGACACGACGGGACGGCGCCCGGUGCUCAUCGCGUUCUUGUCCUCGAACAUUGUGGUGAAGCUUUUGCUCUUCAUCUCGUGCUUCGUGCCCUAUGAGAUCUUCGUCGCGAUCCUCUUCCUGCAAAACGUCAUCGAGGUGGCCUUCGCCGCGGGCGUCGAGCCGGCCUUGAACGCGAUGAUCGCAGACCGCUCGCGGGGGAACGAAGACAUCCGUGGGGAUGGCUUCGCCGCCUUGGGAGUGAUCAUGCAUCUCUCCGAUGUGCUUGCAUUUCUCGCGGGCUAUCCGGUGCUACGCCUGCAUUUGACUCACUAUGCGAUUUUCUGGGGGCCACUGACGGUUGUGAGCAUCAUCGCCUACGUCAUCUUCAACUUCCUUCCCUGCUCGGCCUUGCGUGAGACGUUGACCAGUAGCGACUCUCAGAUUCCGGAGGAGCCGGAGACUGACGAGGAGGACCUCGAAGAGAGCAAGGUGAAGCGGUGCUUUUUGAUGAUCUGUUCGGAAACGAUCGCUGGCUUCAAGAUGGUGUGGAAGGAUCCAUUCUUGAUGCAGUUCCUAGUGAUUUGGGCCAUGACCACGAUGGCCAUGACCGGCUCGUGGAAUUUGUCCGGGCAAUACCUCUUGGGCUUGGGCUAUGAGCAGGCCAAUGCAUCGCUCGCUCGCCGUGCAUGGCACCUGGCCUUAGUCCUUGGAGCAGCGGUGAGCCCUUGCUUCAUCAGGCACUUCAAUGCGACCGGGGCGUAUGGAAUCGCACUCUUGAUGAUGGCGACAGGCUUCUUCGUUUGUGGCACUGGAGGACAUGAUCUGCAGCACGCCAGCCUCUUCUUCUGGGCGGGCACGGUUCUACUUGGAGGCUGUGGCGUCGGUAUUCUAACGCCGAGCUUUAAUGCCAUCAUCAGCAUCCGUGUGAGCGACAAGGAGCAAGGCAAGCUUUUCUCCUUGGUCAUUGUGAUGAACACCAUCUGUGGCCUGGCUUUCGGGCAGCUUUGGCCGCAACUGUUCUAUAAAGCGGACGCCGAUGACUGGAUGAAAGGACUUCCAUGGCUAGCCUCAGCCGCUGUCUUCAUCUUCCUGUUGUUCUGGAUGCUUCUGAUCCUUUGCUUCUGCAAGAAUGAUCCUCAAAAAGCAGAAAGUGACUGUGGUGAGGACAGCAGUACUGAUGAAGACUCAAUGGAAUGAUUUUGCACGACGCUGAUGAGUAAGUCGUGUUGUGGCAGGUGUAAUUUAACGAUGUUGUGACAAACGUUUGGCCAAGUAUGAUAAAGCUAGAUUGAUUUCGGGCCGCCAACAAUUGGUGCCCGAAGUGGUGUGGCACAACUUGCUUGCAAGACCAGUUCUGGUGAGCAAGAUCCACGAGUGGCUUUGCAAGAAAGUUCAGCAUGGAUUGCACUUGGUAUUGUUCAAAGAUAACACGCCAAUGCGCCGUGGUCGAGUUUCUGCAGGACGCAGCAUACACUUGAGCUCUUGUUCCGUUUUGGAGCAAGCUCCCGAUUCGAUGAUGCAAGCCAAUGCUGGGACAAAUGGGGAGAGUGGCAGCCACUUCAGGGUGAGUCAUACGUCAAGAAGUAUUGAGAACCUUCACAAAAAUCAGUUUUAUCUCAAAAUCCAUCCCACCGUCCCACCAACGAUUUGAAUCCGUGAAGCAAAGGGUUUUUCAAAUCCAUUCAACUCCAUAUUCCGAUAGCUAGCGGUAUAAAAUGUAUAAAACAUUCCAUAUUGGCCUGCUAUGGAGAUCGUAUCAAUGUCCU